AUGUCGGAGUGCAUUGAUACAUUGAAUACAUUGAAUACAUUGGAUGAUGAGGAGAAUGUAUAUUUAGAAUGUUCGUCUGGAAUUUUAGAAAAUAAUAAUGAAAAAUGGGGUGAUUAUUUGAAACCCGAAAUUGAUAGAAAAGGUAGAAAAAGUGAUUUGAUGGCUGUAGGUGACUUUAAUGGGGCUGGAAGUCUGUUGAAGUCUGAAAAUGUCUGA